CGGUGGCGGUGGCGGGGGGUGUGACGGGGCCGAGGCUGAGGCGGGCGCGGGGCUGAGGAUGCAGAGCUGGAGCCGUCUGUACCGUCUCUUGGCCAAGAAUGGCUAUACUCGUCAUCUUCGUCAUAGACUACAAGGCCUACCUGCGGUGACACUGCGAACAUAUGCAGACCUGGCACCAGUUGAUGCAGAUGUCACAGUUAUUGGGUCGGGGCCGGGAGGCUAUGUAGCUGCCAUUAAGGCCGCACAGCUUGGAUUUAAGACCAUCUGUGUGGAAAAGAAUGAUACCCUAGGGGGAACCUGUUUAAAUGUGGGUUGUAUCCCAUCCAAAGCUUUGCUAAAUAAUUCCCACUUGUACCACAUGGCACAAGGAAAGGACUUUGCCCUCAGAGGAAUUGAAGUUACAGGAUUGAAUCUGAACCUGGGUAAGAUGAUGGAACAGAAGAGCAGUGCAGUGAAAGCCCUGACCGGGGGCAUUGCUCACCUGUUUAAACAGAAUAAGGUGACGCAUGUUCAAGGACAUGGCAAGAUUACAGGGAAAAACCAGGUGACGGCUUUUUGCAGUGAUGGCAGCAUCCAGGUCAUCAACUCCAAGAACAUUCUUGUAGCCACAGGCUCCGAGGUCACACCGUUCCCUGGGAUUGAGAUUGAUGAAGAAACUAUUGUAUCAUCAACUGGUGCCCUGUCAUUAAAGCAAGUUCCUGACCAGUUGAUUGUCAUUGGAGCUGGUGUUAUUGGCGUAGAAUUGGGCUCUGUGUGGCAACGUCUAGGAUCAUCAGUGACCGCUGUUGAAUUCCUAGGACAUGUUGGUGGCCUGGGUAUCGACAUGGAGAUCUCAAAGAACUUUCAACGCAUUCUCCAGAAACAAGGUCUGAAGUUCAAACUGAACACUAAAGUUACCGGAGCUGUGAGGAAACCUGAUGGAAAGAUAGAUGUUUCUAUUGAGGCUGCGGCUGGAGGAAAGGCUGAUGUGAUGACUUGUGAUGUGCUCUUGGUGUGUGUCGGCCGCCGGCCCUUCACUGAGAACCUGGGGCUGGAGGAGAUCGGGAUAGACCUGGAUAAGAGAGGCCGGAUACCCAUCAACAACCGCUUCCAGUCCAAAAUCCCAAGCAUCUUUGCCAUUGGUGAUGUGGUUGCUGGGCCAAUGCUGGCUCACAAAGCUGAAGAUGAGGGUAUUAUCUGUGUGGAGGGAAUGGCCGGAGGAGCAGUACAUAUUGACUAUAACUGUGUCCCGUCUGUUAUCUACACUCACCCAGAGGUUGGCUGGGUUGGCAAAACUGAGGAACAGCUGAAUGAGGAGAGUGUUCCGUACAAGAUCGGCAAGUUUCCAUUUGCUGCUAACAGCAGAGCUAAAACCAACAACGACACCGAUGGCCUCGUAAAGAUCCUCAGCCACAAAGAAACUGACCGAAUUCUGGGAGCGCAUAUUCUUGGGCCAGGUGCUGGGGAGAUGGUCAAUGAAGCAACACUAGCGAUGGAGUAUGGUGCAUCAAGUGAAGAUGUAGCCAGAGUAUGUCAUGCCCACCCGACGGUUUCCGAAGCCUUCAGAGAAGCAAACCUGGCAGCAUCGUUUGGCAAAGCCAUCAACUUCUAAUCGGAUGAACUGAAUUUUGUACAGAAACUACGUAUCUCAAAUGAACAAAUGGACUGUUAGCACUAACCUGAAAAUUGAGCCUCAGGAUUUGGGGAGAAAAGAAAGUGUCUAAGUGUUAUAAUAAUCCUUCUGUUUAUUUAAUGCUGCUGCUUGUAUGACUUAUAUCAAAGCAGUAAUAAAACUGAGGGAAUGAUUAAGAGAUCUCAGUUCCAAUAAGAAUUGCCAAAAUGUUGAUGACUCAUAUAUAUAGUCAUCCAAAUAUUUCUGCUCUGAUGAAUUCCUGGGAUAUUAAGCUAUAGUGUAUUUAGACCCAAGUUGCUUCUCUUCAUUCUAAAGUCGCUCCUCUUGAUUAGAGAUUUCUACCAAUGUGUCUUCUUUUUUUCAAUGUGUUUGGUUUUCUAAAUCUGAUAAUUUGCGAUGAGUUUAGCUGCUUUGUAUCUGUGGGUUUGCUCACCGCCCUGAACGUGGGACAGUAAUUACAAUGACCAACGCUGACUCCAGGAGAGAGAUCUUACGCUAAUAACAACCCAAAGUAAACCACUCGUUGUUGGGUAGGAA